CCUGUCGUGGAUUUGCGACUGAUCAGUUAUUAAAGAGCCUCACGACAGCUACACCGAAAUUGUAAAUAUAAACCGUACUCGUCAUAUAGCCUCAGCGUGCCUCUCACUACACUCAGCCACGUGCCACGACUUCACGAGAUUACAUUAUGAGCCCCCAUCGAAACGGGUGUACCGCUUAUGAAGAGGCGUACAGAAAAUCGCUGGAGUCUCCGGAAGAAUUCUGGAGUGAGGUCGGACUGCAUGUUGAUUGGAGUAAACCUUGGCUAAAAGUGCUAGAUAACUCCAACGAACCAUUCACAAAAUGGUUUGUCGGUGGAGAAUUGAACGCUUGUUAUAACGCGGUGGACCGGCACGUGUGUGCCGGCAACGGAAAUAAGACAGCCCUCAUACACGACAGCCCACAAACUUCGUCAAUACGCAAAGUAACGUACAAUGAGCUCCUCGAAAAGACGUCUUUGUUGGCGGGCGCGUUGGCAGAACUGGGCGUACGCAAGGGGGACAAAGUGAUCAUCUACAUGCCGUUAAUCCCCGAGACAAUAAUUGCGAUUUUAGCCACCACCAGAUUAGGAGCGGUCCAUUCAAUAGUCUUUGGAGGUUUUGCAGCGAACGAACUGGCGUCUAGGAUAAAUCAUGCCGAGCCAAAGGUCAUUAUCGCCGCAAGUUGCGGCUUGGAACCGUCCAAAGUGAUUAAGUACACUUCUAUGCUGAAUAGUGCCUUGGAUAUGAUCACUGUAGCGAGGCCAAAGUGUAUUAUAUUCCAAAGAAAAAACGUGUGGGAAUCACCGUUGUACGAGUCGCAAUUCGAUUGGGAUGAACUCAUGAAAAGGUCAAAACGUCAUCCAUGCGUAAUGGUCGAGGCUAACGAUCCAUUGUAUAUACUGUACACGUCAGGAACUACAGGACAACCGAAGGGGAUCAUAAGACCGAUCGGAGGACACCUCGCGACGCUUUGUUGGACCAUGAGUACAGUUUACGGAAUGAAUAAAAAUUCCGUAUGGUGGGUGGCAUCUGACAUGGGUUGGGUUGUUGGGCAUUCGUACAUUUGUUAUGGUCCUCUCUUGUUCGGCGCGACGAGCGUGAUGUACGAAGGAAAACCCGAUAGGACACCGGACGCAGGUCAAUAUUUCAGAAUCAUCGAGCAGCACAGCGUAAAUGCGUUAUUCUGCGUGCCUACUGCACUGCGAGUUAUAAAACGAGCGGAUCCGGAAACUCUACUGGGGAGGAAGUAUUCGUUGAAAUCCUUAAAAACGAUAUUUGUGGCCGGCGAGUUUUGCGACUACGAGACUAAGGCUUGGGCCGAGAAUGCUUUUAAAGUGCCAAUUUUAAAUAAUUGGUGGCAGUCGGAGACUGGACACCCCAUUACGGCGCUAUGCCUAGGAUACGGUCAUCAUCCUAGUUUGCCAAAGUUCAGCACCGGGUUUCCCAUACCUGGAUAUAAUAUUCAUGUCUUACGCGAAGAUGGAAGUAUAGCGCCACAACGCGAACUCGGGCGAAUUGCGAUAAAGUUACCGCUACCGCCUGGAUUUAUGUCAACUUUAUACCUGGCAUCCGAGAGGUUCAAGAAAGUAUACUUCUCGAGGUUUCCGGGCUACUACGACACCAUGGACGCGGGUUACAUCGACGAGUUGGGUCAUGUUUACGUGACAGCGAGAGAUGACGACAUUAUAAAUGUGGCAGGACAUAGAAUAUCCACAGCCGCGAUAGAAGAUAUUAUUCUAACUCACGUCGACGUAGUGGAUGCUGCAGUGAUCGGGGUGCCAGAUCACACGAAGGGAGAAAUACCGCUGUGCCUUUACGUUAAGCGCUGUGAUUCGAUUAGCAAUGAAGAAGAGAUAAAUCAAGAACUGGUGACACAAGUGAGACACAUGAUGGGGCCAAUCGCGUCUUUUCGAGUCGCCGCUGCGAUUACCGCGUUACCGAAAACGCGUUCCGGAAAGAUAGCUCGCAAAUCUAUCGCUUUGUUGGCGCGGUCAAAACAAGUCAAGAUUUCAAGUACGAUUGAAGAUCCAACAGUAUUUCGCGAAAUUAAAGAAGUACUCCAGAAACUUGGAUACGCGAAACUGGCCCCGGAUCCACAAUGACAAUACUUUAUGAAACUUGUACAAAAUACCGCUUUUAAAAUAUUUACGACAAACAUUCCAGAAAUAAAUUGAUGCAAGUUUAGUUGUACAAUAUGUCGAUAUGUAACUUAUACUGGUUAAAAGAAUUAUUUUUAUGUCAUAAAAAAGUUUUUUUACAAACUCAAGAUAAAACAAAAUUCAAAAAACUCGAAUAGUUUUGCAAAAAAUAUAAAUGUCAAAUUUUGUUUCUAUUAAACAUUUCUCUUCAUUCUAUCUUUGCCUUUUAUCAGCCGCUAUAACGAAAAGAAAAGCUAAAAUAUGUAUAGCACAUUUUUAUCAUCGAUAUAUCUAACUUUGAUGUAGAUAAUGAGAAAAUAUAUUAUUAUUUACAUAGAAAUAUACAAAAAUACAAACGGAUGUUACUACUUAUUCGUGCAUAUUUAUAAUCUCAUGUGCUAUACUCCAUUUAUUUAAUUGGCUCGAAUAAUCUGGAUGUACGAAAUCCGUCAUAUUGUCAAAGUGUAGACGGCAUACAUCCACAACUCUAUUAAAAAUUAUGAGGGCACAUUUUUUUGCAAAUUUGUUUUUAAUGACAAUAUAAUAAGAAACAGUAUAAUAAUAAUCGUAAUAUUAAUUUUAUAAUUAUAAAGUGUGUGUAUAACACUAUCUUGUUGAUUUAUUCAAUAAAUUUCUUUUCCAACUCUUA